AUGGGGAGUGAAUGGUGCAGGGUGGAUCUGGAAGCACCAGGAGUGACAGAAGAAUGGCUACAGGAAUGGCUUGAGGUGAUGGCGCAUGGGUGCAUCUUUUUGCAGGAACACCCUGCCACCUUCUGUUACCAGGCGAACGGCUCCUGCUACAGGACCUUGCACCCCUUCAGGGUCCAGUUGGCCAUUUAUCUGGCCUGUGCCUUGGGCACACUGAUCACGUUGCUGGGGAACCUGCUUGUUGCCACCAUAAUUUCCCAUUUCAAAGUCCUGCACAUCCCCACCAACCUCCUGCUCCUCUCCCUCAACCUUGCUGACCUCCUCCUGGGGCCAGUCGUGCUGCCCUUUAGCACCACUUCCAUAGACAGCUGCUGAUAUUUUGGAGAUGACUUCUGUAGGCUGCACACCUUUCUAGACCAAUCUUUCGCUUGACCUCCGUAUUUCACCUUUUCCAUUGAUCGGCAUUGUGCCAUCUGUGACCCUUUGCUCUGUCCCACCAAGUUCACCGUAAGAGUGGUCUGCAUUUACAUUGGGGUGGGGUGGUCAGUGCCUAUGGCUUAUACCUCUGUCUUCCUCUACACUAAAGUGAUUGCAGAAGGACAGGGCCAUUUUUUGCGAGGCAUGCCCUGUGUUGGUAGCUGUCAGCUGCUGUUCAACAAGCUCUGGGAGUGGUUGAACUUCCCAGUGUUCUUCUUCCCUUGCCUCAUAAUGAUUGUUUUUUAUGUAAAAAUAUUUACUGUGGCUAACAAGCAAGCCAGGCUGAUAAGCAACAUGAAUAGGUCUCGCGGGUCUCAGCUACAUGUAGGAGCAUCCAAGAGCGAAGGGAAAGCAGCAAAGAUUCUUGGGGUAGCUGUAGGAGUCUACCUCCUGUGCUGGUUACCCUUUACUAUUGACACCACAGUAGACACUCUUCUUGAUUUCUUCCCUCCCUUCCCCGAUCUGUUUGACAUCCUAAUUUGGUUCGUUUACUUCAAUUCUGCCUAAAAUCCCUUGAUCUAUGUAUUCUCCUACUGCUAGUCCAGGAAAGCUGUGAAACUAGUCUUAAUUCAUAGUAUCUUUUGUUCCAGGAUAUCUACAGUAGACUUGCACCAGGAAUGA